AAGUUUGGGUAUGACUCAUGCGAACCUCAGGUUCACUUGUUCACUUGAGUCAUGAAGGUGCCACCUCAGCAUUUGUGAGCUCAUAGUUGAACUUGUUAGACAUGAUGCAGGACGAGUCAGAUCGCUUGCUGAGACCACGGGUAGCAUGUCAGACUGCUUCGAUUCCUGUAGCAGAGAGUAAUCCAGCUAUUACACUGGUACCUAGUACCUCCACUGCUGCUGCCCCCGCGACACCAACACCAAGGCGACGACUCCUGAAAUACCUGCUGCUUGACGGUGCUACCUACGCUUUGCUGCUGCUGUUCUGGUCUGCAAGUCGCAGGGGAAUCUCGAAUGCCGCGGAUGGAUCCGGAAUUUCCAGCACCUUCCGCUCUACAGUGAGCGCUGUCGUUCGCAAAGCGAAGGAACUCCAACUCAUGCGCAUGGAAAACCUCUUGGACACAACGGAAGAUCAACCGGCGGCACAGAUAGCGGCGCUCGUCCCUCCUGUACGUGAAGGAAAACCAACGCAAUCGCUCGAGAUGGGUAAGAUCUCAGCGAAGGAAGCCAUCACUCAGGCGGAAGAGCAUGCACGCUUGGUGAAGAUGCUCCCAGCGGGUGAGAUGAAACAGCGUCGGUUGAAAUGCGUAGGGUGGCGCGCCACAAGCCACUGCACCCCACAUGGCCCACGUGAUCCGAAGAGCGACAAAGGUUGCUAUAAUGUGGUUCCUAACUCAGCGUCAGGAUAUUGCGAAGUGGAAGAUCAGGACACAGGCGAGCUGUUCCGCGUCAUGAAGCGCUACUGCUCGAGUCUGCGAUACGACGCCACUUUUCGCUGUAUAGAGGCCCCAAGUUUUGUCAAGUACCCGGUGGAGUCUGUCGAGGUUGCGGAGAAGGCACUUGCAACAGGUUUCACACUUCCAAAUGUGAUUGACUCACCAGUGAAGCCUCGCGACGGUAUCAUCAUGGUGGUAUACCCCAAAUUGAUUGCCAGCGCUUACGCCACUAUUCGUAACCUUCGUACCGUUUUGAAUUGUCGUCUUCCCAUCGAAAUAUGGUACAGAGAGCAAGAGAUCCGUGCUGGUUCUGAAGCUCUUUCGCCACUGAUGGAGUUAGCAAAUUCAAGCGAAGCUGGCGAAAUCUCGUUUCAUAAGAUCAGUGACAACUGGGCGACUGGAUUUGGUGCUAAAGUGUUCGCCGUUUACAACAGUUUUUUCGAGCGAGUGUUGUUCCUCGAUGCCGACAAUGUCCCUGCCCGCGACCCAGCUUAUCUUUUCGACGCACCAGAGUUCUUGGACACCGGAGCUAUUUUCUGGCCGGACUUCUGGCACCCGGGGCACACGAUCUUCAAUAUUCAUGGCCAAUCGCUGUUAUGGGAAGUACUGGGCACGUCAUUUGUGAACUCCUUUGAGCAAGAAAGUGGCCAAUUGCUUAUUGACAGAAGACGGCACGCAGCCCCACUGGACCUCGUGAAGUUUUACACUGUCAGAAGCCCCAACCCAUUAACGCGUCUCAAACUCGCGUACGGUGACAAGGACCUAUUUCGAUUCGCGUGGAUGAAACUCAGCGUUCCGUUCACCAUGAUACAG